AUGAACCUACUUGGGAAAGAUCAAGCACUGCUUUGGAUUUGGGCAUGGAUAUUGUGUUCUUGCAGCCCCAUUGGAAUUUACGGACAGUCUUCCACCCGGAAGUCUGCAGCUGAGAAAACUGGUAAAAAAAAUGCAUCACAGAAGUCGUCUAAUGGAAAUCGUAAACUUCGUCCAAUAAAACCAACCCCAUCUCCAAUACAACAAUUUAAAAGUCACAGUGGACAGGUUUGCAGCACAUGGGGAAAUGAUCACUUCAAAACAUUUGAUGGAGAUACCUACAACUUUCCUGGCACAUGCAAUUAUUUAUUUGCCUCCCACUGCAAAAGCAACAAUGAAGACUUCAACAUUCAGAUCCGACGCACUGAGAUAAAGGGCAUCCCUGUUAUAACCGAAAUAACAGCAAUACUAAAAGGAGUGGUGUUGGAAAUAAAAAACAAUACUAUAAUGAUGGAUGGGAUCAUGGUGAAAGAGGUUCCUGCUGAAAAGUCUAGGGUUCAUAUUGGCAAACUCGGCCACAACAUCAAGAUCAAAGUAUCCAAUGAUAUUUCUCUGAUAUGGAACAGAAAAGACAGUCUGCUGCUGAAACUGAACCGUAAAAAAUAUGCAAAGCAAACCUGUGGACUGUGUGGUGAUUUUAGUGGUGUCCGUGGAUUCAAAUUAGAUGGUAAACAGCUCACUCCAGUGCAAUAUGGAAAUUUACAAAAAAUUAGUGGUCCAACUGAAGAGUGUCUAGAUGUGCCUUCUUUCACUCCGAAAUAUUGCAAAGAUAAGGGUGAAAUAUGUAAGAAUAUUCUGACCUCUGCCGCCUUCUCCAAUUGUAACACCAUUCUAGAACCUAUGGAUUACAUAGAUAUGUGUGUGCAGGACCUCUGUCAGUGUGAUGCGAAGGACAAAAUGCUCUGCCUGUGUGGUGCGUUUACUGAAUAUUCACGGCAGUGCACUCACGCUGGUGGAGUCCCUGGGAACUGGAGAACCCCAAAAAUGUGUCCCCAGCCAUGCCCCCCUAAUAUGGUAUACCAAGAAUGUGGCUCCCCUUGCCCCAAUACAUGUUCCAAUACAGAGAGAACCGAGGUUUGUGAAGACCAUGGCACUGAUGGCUGCUUUUGUACUCCAGGAACUGUGCUUGACGACAUAAAUAACAAAGGCUGUAUCCUCCAAGAGGAUUGUUACUGUGUCUAUAACAGUGAGAUUUACUCACCAGGAUCCUCUUUCAGUAAUCCAUGCCGAGAAUGUACUUGUAUCAAAGGAAAAUGGAAGUGUGAAGAGUUUUCCUGCACAGGAAGUUGUUCAGUUGAAGGUGGAUCACAUAUUAGUAGCUUUGAUGGAUUCCGUUACAGUUUUAAUGGGGAUUGCAGCUAUGUACUUGCUAAGCAUGAUGAUUUCACUAUACUUGCCGAUCUACGCAAAUGCGGCGGAUUCGGUAACAAAAAAUCCUGCCUGAGAAAUGUGGUUUUGGUCUUACAAAAGGGGGAAACUGUGCUUACCAUCAGAGAGAAUGGUGUCAUUUUCCUCAACUGGAUGCAAAUUCAGCUGCCCAUCUCAGUUGCAAAUAUUACAGCCUUCUGGUCUACAUCUUUCUACGUAAACAUACACACAACAUUUAAUGCUGUAGUACAAGUCCAGGUUAAACCAGAUAUGCAGGUGUAUGUCACUAUUGGCCCAUCCUAUCAUGGUCAGACUGUCGGAUUGUGUGGAAACUUCAACAACAUCCAGAGCGAUGAUUUUAAGGUUAUUAGUGGGGUCUCUGAAGGGACCGCUGCCGCAUUCGCUAAUUCAUGGAAGAGUAACAGCAACUGUCCCAAUAUCAAGAACAGUUACGAGGACCCAUGUUCUGUGAAUCUGGAGAAGGAAAAAUAUGCACAGCAUUGGUGUGGUCUGCUCACAUCUCCGUCUGGACCGUUCUCCCCUUGCCACUCAAUAGAAAAUCCACUGCCAUAUCAUGCGAAUUGCCUUUCAGACACAUGCAGCUGUAAAGACAGUGAGGAAUGCAUGUGUGCAGCUCUGGGUUCAUAUGCCUAUGCAUGUGCCAAGAAAAGUGUCACCCUCAUUGGGUGGAGAGACAAUGUCUGUGAAAAGUACACCAAAUCUUGCAAAGAUUCCCAGGUAUACCAGUACAAUGUAACACGGUGUCAGCCCACCUGCCGAUCUCGCAGUGAUGGUGACACAACAUUCAACUAUGAAUUUUCUCCGGUGGAUGGAUGUGUGUGCAGAGGAGGAACAUAUCUAAAUGAGAAUGGAGAUUGUGUAAAUUCAAGUUCAUGCCCAUGUUACUACCAAGGCAAUGCCAUGCAAUCUGGAGAAAUGGUUGAAGAGAAUGGAAUUGCGUGUACCUGUGAAAGAGGCCAUCUGACCUGUGUGGGAGCAGUCAUUAAAGAGCCAGUUUGCCCAGACCCACUGGCUUAUUUUAAUUGUUCCGGAGCUCCAAAAGGAACCAAGGGUGUGGAGUGUCAGAAGAGCUGUCAUACAUUGGACAUGGACUGCUUCAGCUCUCAGUGUAUAUCAGGCUGUAUGUGCCCUCCUGGCCUGGUUUCUGAUGGGGAAGGAGGUUGCAUCGGUAAGGAGCAGUGCCCAUGUAUACAUAAUGAAGCUACAUUUAAACCAGGAGACACCAUCUUGAUUGGUUGUAACACAUGCACCUGUAAGGACAGAAGAUGGCAGUGCACUCAUAAACCUUGCCUUGGAACGUGUUCCGUUUAUGGGGAUGGUCAUUACAUCACUUUUGAUGGCAAGCAAUUUACCUUUAGUGGGAGCUGUGAAUACACAUUAGCCCAGGAUAAUUGUGGUGAGAAUGGAGGUCAAAGCUCUUUCAGAGUCAUCUCUGAGAAUGUGCCCUGUGGAACGACUGGCACCACAUGUUCAAAAAACCUCAAGAUGCUUAUUGGAGGUGAAGAGAUUCUUCUUGACAAUGAAAAGAUUGAAGUGAUGAAGAGAAAUGAAAAGAAUACAAUUCCUUAUCAUGUUAUACGCAGAGGCCUAUAUAUGGUGAUAAAAACUAAUAAUGGGGUCAUCCUCAUGUGGGACAACAGGACAACAAUGCACAUCAAGCUUGCUCCUCAUUUCCAGGGUAAAGUCUGUGGCAUUUGUGGUAACUAUGAUGGAAAUGCAAACAAUGAUUUAACUACAAGAAGUCAAUCCGUGGUGGAGAACCUAAUCGAGUUUGGUAACAGCUGGAAAACUGACCCUAACUGUCCAAAUGUGCAUGUUGUCAAUGAUCCAUGUUCUAUCAACCCAUACAGAAAAUCUUGGGCACUGAGGCAGUGUGGAAUAAUUACCAGUGAAGUCUUUAAAUCUUGCCACACUCAGGUUGAUCCUACCAGAUAUUAUGAGUCUUGCAUUAGUGACUCAUGUGCCUGUGAUACCGGUGGGGAUUGUGAAUGCUUUUGUACUACUGUUGCAUUAUAUGCCCAGGCCUGCAGUGAAAAUGGAUUAUGUAUAAACUGGAGGACACCAACUAUAUGUCCCGUGUUUUGCGAUUACUAUAAUGAUGCUGGAGACUGCGAAUGGCAUUAUAAAGCCUGUGGAGAUAAAUGUGUGAAGACUUGCAGAAACCCAGAAGGAGAGUGCCUACAUGAACUUUCAGGCUGUGAAGGCUGCUACCCUAAAUGCCCACCAUCUAGACCCUAUUUUGAUGAAGAUAACAUGAAGUGCGUGGCUCAGUGUGGCUGUGUUGACAAUGGCAUAUUUUAUAAAUACGGAGAUAAAGUACAACGCAGCUGUUAUUCUUGUGUUUGUGCUAAGGAUAAGAUCAGAUGUGAUUAUAAUAUUACAGCUUGUCAGUGCAUUUAUGAAGACAAUAUAUAUUACUAUGAAGAUACCAUUCCAUACCCCAAUGCAGAAGAUAGUAAAUGCAGCCAAAGGAGAUGUGGUGAAGAUGGAAGAAUUGUUACAAUAGCUUUCAAUAACUGCACAACAGUAUCAUCACCGCCCACCAAACAGCCACAAAAAAACAUUACAGCCGCAACGAUGACUACAAUAAAACAUACAACUGGAAGAACGUCUACAGAACAAAUCACUUCAAGGAGAAAUUAUAACACUUCAACAUAUACACAUUCCACAACUACUUCUACAAAAUCUACACUGUUGUAUACUCCACGAACAACACCUAUAAAAUCAACUAGUCAUUCUCCCAGCCCUUUGACAACACAGUCAAUAUUACCAAGUACAAAAAAAGUCUGGAAAACUACAUCAGGCCCAUCUACACAUCCCAUAACUACUUCUACUACAUCUAUAUUGUUAUAUACUCCAUCAACACCUAAAAAAUCAACUAGUCCUUCUCCCAGCCCUUCGACAACAGAGUCAAAAACCCCAAGAACAACAACAGUCUUGAAAACUACAUCAGGCCCAUCUACACAUUCCACAACUACUUCUACUAAAUCUACACUGUUGUAUACUUCAUCAACACCUAAAAAAUCAACUAGUCAUUCUCCCAGCCCUUCAAUAACAGCGUCAAUAACCCCAAGUACAAAAAAAGUCUGGAAAACGACAUCAGGACCAUCUACACAUCCCAUAACUACUUCUACUACGUCUGUAUUGUUAUAUACUCCAUCAACACCUAAAAAAUCAACUAGUCCUUCUCCCAGCCCUUCGACAACAGAGUCAAAAACCCCAAGAACAACAACAGUCUUGAAAACUACAUCAGGCCCAUCUACACAUUCCACAACUACUUCUACUAAAUCUACACUGUUGUAUACUUCAUCAACACCUAAAAAAUCAACUAGUCAUUCUCCCAGCCCUUCGACAACCGAGUCAAAAACCCCAAGAACAACAACAGUCUUGAAAACUACAUCAGGCCCAUCUACACAUUCCACAACUACUUCUACUAAAUCUACACUGUUGUAUACUUCAUCAACACCUAAAAAAUCAACUAGUCAUUCUCCCAGCCCUUCAAUAACAGCGUCAAUAACCCCAAGUACAAAAAAAGUCUGGAAAACUACAUCAGGUCCAUCUACACAUCCCAUAACUACUUCUACUACAUCUAUAUUGUUAUAUACUCCAUCAACACCUAAAAAAUCAACUAGUCCUUUUCCCAGCCCUUCGACAACAGAGUCAAAAACCCCAAGAACAACAACAGUCUUGAAAACUACAUCAGGCCCAUCUACACAUUCCACAACUACUUCUACUAAAUCUACAAUGUUGUAUACUUCAUCAACACCUAAAAAAUCAACUAGUCAUUCUCCCAGCCCUUCAAUAACAGCGUCAAUAACCCAAAGUACAAAAAAAGUCUGGAAAACUACAUCAGGCCCAUCUACACAUCCCAUAACUACUUCUACUACAUCUAUAUUGUUAUAUACUCCAUCAACACCUAAAAAAUCAACUAGUCCUUCUCCCAGCCCUUCGACAACAGAGUCAAAAACCCCAAGAACAACAACAGUCUUGAAAACUACAUCAGGCCCAUCUACACAUUCCACAACUACUUCUACUAAAUCUACACUGUUGUAUACUUCAUCAACACCUAAAAAAUCAACUAGUCAUUCUCCCAGCCCUUCAAUAACAGCGUCAAUAACCCCAAGUACAAAAAAAGUCUGGAAAACGACAUCAGGACCAUCUACACAUCCCAUAACUACUUCUACUACGUCUGUAUUGUUAUAUACUCCAUCAACACCUAAAAAAUCAACUAGUCCUUCUCCCAGCCCUUCGACAACAGAGUCAAAAACCCCAAGAACAACAACAGUCUUGAAAACUACUUCAGGCCCAUCUACACAUUCCACAACUACUUCUACUAAAUCUACACUGUUAUAUACUUCAUCAACACCUAAAAAAUCAACUAGUCCUUCUCCCAGCCCUUCGACAACAGAGUCAAAAACCCCAAGAACAACAACAGUCUUGAAAACUACAUCAGGCCCAUCUACACAUUCCACAACUACUUCUACUAAAUCUACACUGUUGUAUACUUCAUCAACACCUAAAAAAUCAACUAGUCAUUCUCCCAGCCCUUCAAUAACAGCGUCAAUAACCCCAAGUACAAAAAAAGUCUGGAAAACGACAUCAGAACCAUCUACACAUCCCAUAACUACUUCUACUACGUCUGUAUUGUUAUAUACUCCAUCAACACCUAAAAAAUCAACUAGUCCUUCUCCCAGUCCUUCGACAACAGAGUCAAAAACCCCAAGAACAACAACAGUCUUGAAAACUACUUCAGGCCCAUCUACACAUUCCACAACUACUUCUACUAAAUCUACACUGUUGUAUACUUCAUCAACACCUAAAAAAUCAACUAGUCAUUCUCCCAGCCCUUCAAUAACAGCGUCAAUAACCCCAAGUACAAAAAAAGUCUGGAAAACUACAUCAGGCCCAUCUACACAUCCCAUAACUACUUCUACUACAUCUAUAUUGUUAUAUACUCCAUCAACACCUAAAAAAUCAACUAGUCCUUCUCCCAGUCCUUCGACAACAGAGUCAAAAACCCCAAGAACAACAACAGUCUUGAUAACUACAUCAGGCCCAUCUACACAUUCCACAACUACUUCUACUAAAUCUACACUGUUGUAUACUUCAUCAACACCUAAAAAAUCAACUAGUCAUUCUCCCAGCCCUUCAAUAACAGCGUCAAUAACCCCAAGUACAAAAAAAGUCUGGAAAACGACAUCAGGCCCAUCUACACAUCCCAUAACUACUUCUACUACAUCUAUAUUGUUAUAUACUCCAUCAACACCUAAAACAUCAACUAGUCCUUCUCCCAGUCCUUCGACAACAGAGUCAAAAACCCCAAGAACAACAACAGUCUUGAAAACUACAUCAGGCCCAUCUACACAUUCCACAACUACUUCUACUAAAUCUACACUGUUGUAUACUUCAUCAACACCUAAAAAAUCAACUAGUCAUUCUCCCAGCCCUUCAAUAACAGCGUCCAUAACCCCAAGUACAAAAAAAGUCUGGAAAACUACAUCAGGCCCAUCUACACAUCCCAUAACUACUUCUACUACAUCUAUAUUGUUAUAUACUCCAUCAACACCUAAAAAAUCAACUAGUCAUUCUCCCAGCCCUUCGACAACAGAGUCAAAAACCCCAAGAACAACAACAGUCUUGAAAACUACUUCAGGCCCAUCUACACAUUCCACAACUACUUCUACUAAAUCUACACUGUUGUAUACUUCAUCAACACCUAAAAAAUCAACUAGUCAUUCUCCCAGCCCUUCAAUAACAGCGUCAAUAACCCCAAGUACAAAAAAAGUCUGGAAAAUGACAUCAGGACCAUCUACACAUCCCAUAACUACUUCUACUACAUCUGUAUUGUUAUAUACUCCAUCAACACCUAAAAAAUCAACUAGUCCUUCUCCCAGCCCUUCGACAACAGAGUCAAAAACCCCAAGAACAACAACAGUCUUGAAAACUACUUCAGGCCCAUCUACACAUUCCACAACUACUUCUACUAAAUCUACACUGUUGUAUACUUCAUCAACACCUAAAAAAUCAACUAGUCAUUCUCCCAGCCCUUCAAUAACAGCGUCAAUAACCGCAAGUACAAAAAAAGUCUGGAAAACUACAUCAGGCCCAUCUACACAUCCCAUAACUACUUCUACUACAUCUAUAUUGUUAUAUACUCCAUCAACACCUAAAAAAUCAUCUAGUCCUUCUCCCAGCCCUUCGACAACAGAGUCAAAAACCCCAAGAACAACAACAGUCUUGAAAACUACAUCAGGCCCAUCUACACAUUCCACAACUACUUCUACUAAAUCUACACUGUUGUAUACUUCAUCAACACCUAAAAAAUCAACUAGUCAUUCUCCCAGCCCUUCAAUAACAGCGUCAAUAACCCCAAGUACAAAAAAAGUCUGGAAAACGACAUCAGGCCCAUCUACACAUCCCAUAACUACUUCUACUACAUCUAUAUUGUUAUAUACUCCAUCAACACCUAAAAAAUCAACUAGUCCUUCUCCCAGCCCUUCGACAACAGAGUCAAAAACCCCAAGAACAACAACGGUCUUGAAAACUACUUCAGGCCCAUCUACACAUUCCACAACUACUUCUACUAAAUCUACACUGUUGUAUACUUCAUCAACACCUAAAAAAUCAACUAGUCCUUCUCCCAGCCCUUCGACAACAGAAUUAAUAACACUUAGUACCACAACAGUCUUAGAACAUACUACAGGCCCAUCUACACAUUUUACAAUUUUUACUAAACCUGAAACGUCUUAUACUUCACCAACAACACUAUCUACUAGCCCUACUUUUCAAUGCCACUGGACAGACUGGUUUGAUAUGAACCAUCCAACAUCUGAUAAUGAUGGAGGAGAUGAAGAGAACUAUGAAGUUGCAAAAUAUAGAGGAGUAUAUGUUUGCCGUAAUAAAACCCUUAUCAAAGACAUUAAAUGUAGGGCUAGCUCAUAUCCUGACAUUUCCAUUGAAAACCUUCCUCAAAAAGUCACCUGCAAUAUUGAAAAGGGUCUACUUUGCAGAAACCAAGAUAAUCCUGGUCCACUUAACAUGUGCUUGAAUUAUCAAGCAAAAUACUGUUGUGAAGAAAUUAUAACAACUACAUCAGCUGUAACUUCCCCAAGAUCAACAUCUGCCCUUACUUUCAGCAUUUCAACAACAGAAUCAACUAUAUCUACAGCGAGUACUGCUCCACUAAGCAGUCCAAAAUCAAGCACCAGUCUUACAGAAACACCUCAUUUUUGUGUUUAUAAAGGCUUCAGAUAUAAGGUGGGAUCCUCUGUUCCAAAAAAUCCAGAAAGCUGUGAAGAAUGCCAGUGCACAAAAGAAAAGAAUAUUGCAAAAGUAAUGUGCAAAAUAAAAGCGUGCCAGACUAUCUGCUCGCUGGGUUUUACAUACAAACCGGAACCUACAAAGUGUUGUGGAAAAUGUGUACUGAAUACAUGUGUCCUUGAAGCCGCUGAGAUAAUAAAGGGCUAUUCCAUUGGAAAUUCACUAGAACAGUGUUGUCACGAUUGUUCCCAGGAUGUUUGCGCCAUAAAUAACACUGUGUUGAUCAAGCCUGGAAAACAUUGGAACCCGCCUGGUGAUAAGUGCACAUUUUAUGACUGUGACGCAAACAAACUAACAGUCAUAAGAAGAGUGAUGUCUUGUCCAGUGCAAAAAAAUCUAACGUGUCCAGAGGGUAUUAUGGUUAACUUUACAAGCGCAGAUGGAUGCUGCACAAUACAAUACUGUGAACCACGAAAGUGUGAUGUAAUGACAUCAUGGGAGGUUAUCGAAAAUAAUGGGUGCACUGCCAAAGUGAUGUUAACAAACUGUGGAGGUUACUGCAGCUCUAUGUCCAGACACCCCAGUUUCCCUAAGAUGGUUAAACAUGACUGCACCUGCUGCCAGCCGAUAGAUACCACAAUCAAGAAAGUUCAAUUGCUAUGUAAAACUGGAAGGAAAAUAUCAUACAAUUACACCGAUGUUCUCCAGUGUGCAUGUAGGAAAGCAGCCUGUGUUUUCACAGAAUAAAACGACUGGUAUAUGUGAUACAACGAAGACACACUAUUAGACCAGUCCCUGUUAUAAUUAUACUUUGAGAAUUUUUUCUGACACAAAUUAAAUUAUUCUUUAAAACUGUAAUUCCUAUACAAUUACAUAAAUUAAAUAUAAAAAUGUAAUAAGGUAUGAUAAGAGAAUAUAAGCAACUAGUGAAUGUUGAUAUAUGUCACGUGUCAGCACUAUAUGAGCCAUGCAAUAAAUGUAGUAUAUACAGCACUAUAAAAUGAAGGCAGAAAAUUGAUUUGCACAUGGAAAAUUUAUGGUUUCUACACAUUUCUAAUGGUAAUAAACACAUUUUCGUCAAUGCUGAUAUAUUAAUAUAUAUUCUAUUAAAAUU